AUGGGGCAGGGGCUGAGCUAUGCCAGGACGAGCCAGGAGCUCGAGUUCUUCACCGACUUGGCGGCCGGAGACCUCCCGGCGGUGGCGGCUCAUCUGGAGAUCGAGCCGGCGCUGCUCCGGCGGACCACAGUCUACGACGGCUUCUCCGCCCUCCACAUCGCCGCCGCCCACGGCCGGAUGGAGGUCGAUGCUUCCUCUCCAGCAUUAUCGGAUCCUCUCCUCCAUCAACCCAUCACUUUCGCUCACCUGACGGAUCUCUGGUUCCUGCGGCAGGUUCUCCGCAUGCUCCUGGAUCGUUCUGUUCAUCCGGAUUCCUUGAACAGACACAGGCAGGUAUGAGAAGAGCAUCUUUUAUUCGAGCUUCAUUUGCUUCGCAGUUUAGUUUCUGGUGCGGAUUGGUGAACCCUUAUGCUCUAAUGUUGGUGCAGACUCCUCUCAUGCUGGCGGCGAUGAACGGGAAAAUCUGCUGCGUGGAGGAGCUCCUUCAAGCGGGGGCCAAUGUACGCAGCAGCCGAGAUCUUCAUCUCCAUCAUCUUCCUCUUCGAGUAAUUAAUUGAUCCGUGUUCGCUCCGGGCGCUGUGUUCAGAUUCUGACGUUUGAUUCGCUCAAAGGAAGAACUUGCCUGCACUACGCGGCUUACCACGGCCAUGCGGAUUGUCUGGAGGCGAUCCUCUCCGCCGCCAAGUCCACCCCGAUCUCCGUUUCUUGGUGGGUUUCCUCUGCUCUAUGUUAAUUGUUCGUCUUCGUUGACCACGAACACCGACACGAUUCCAUCUUCCGAGGAAAUUUCAGGGGCUUCGCUCGGUUGGUCAACGUCAGAGAUGGCGACGGCGCAACUCCCCUGCACCUCGCCGCCCGGCGGCGGCGGCCGGAGUGCGUCCACCUUCUGCUGGAGAGCGGAGCUCUGGUCUGCGCAACGACAGGCGAUUCCUGGUAAGAUCUCCUUCAAUUCGACCCACCGUCUUGUCGCAGAAAUUAGGGUCCCUCUCGGCGGCUGAUCCGAUCUGCAGCUUCGCGGGGAGCACCCCGCUUCACGCGGCUGCUCGAGGGGGCUCUCUGGACUGCGUUAGGGAGCUGCUCUCAUGGGGCGCAGAUAGGCUUCAGAGGGACGCAUCAGGGUGGGCUUUACGCUUAAUCUAUCAUCUGUGCAGAUUUUUCUACAUCCACUGAGAUAUUCAAUCAUACUCUCUCUCUCUCUCUCUCCCUCUCCCUCUCUUUCUGUGAGCAGGCGAAUGCCCUAUCUUGUUGCUCUGAAGAGACACCACAGGGCCUGCGCGGCAGUCCUGAAUCCCUCCACCGCGGAACCUCUAGUCUGGCCUUCACCUCUGAAGCUCGUCAGCGAGCUUCCCCCGGACGCGAAGGCUCUCCUCGAGAGGGCGCUUGUGGAGGCUAACAUGGAGAGGGAGAAAACCAUACUGAGGCUUUCAGUGCGCUCCUCCCCGCCACCUCCUGCGCAUUCCGGCGACUGGGUUGAAGAAGAUGAAUCCGAAGUGCGCCCUCUUUCCUUCUGUACUGCAGCGAUAGGUUUGACUCACGUUGACUAAGGUUUGACAUCGGGGCAUCGCAGGAGGGCGGUAGCGAGCUCUGCAGCAUCUGCUUCAGCCAGCCGUGCACCAUUACGAUCGGGGACUGCGGGCACCAGAUGUGCGCCCGCUGCACGCUGGCACUGUGUUGCCACAGCAAGCCCGGCCCGGCGGCGGCGCCGUCGUCUCCGGUGCCGGUGUGUCCCUUCUGCCGCGGCGGCAUCAACCAGCUGGCGGUGGCGGCGCCGGGCGGUAGCGCGACGGCAGGCGACGGAGACCGCCGAAAGCUGCCCCGAGGGGGAAGCAGCAGCCUCGAAGGGCCGCCUUCCGCCGUGGGCUCCGGUGAGAAGGUCGCCGGUGGCCGGGAAAGAUAG